AUGGCCCUUCCAUAUGAUCUGGCCACCAUGAUCAACAGUCUCCGAGAGACGUGUUCCUCGCUCCCGCAUCCCGAAAAUGGGUCGUUGAACACUCCGCAGGCCCGUAUAAUCGAGCCAUACAUGCUUAAUCCGCAUCAGAGAAUGACCCAGUCGCAACUGAAGAAGCUAUACCCUAAUUUGAGCAAGGCUGCAAGCAAUUCGCCUCCCAUCCAGUUUAACGUGUUUGACCUUGUUAAGAAUGACGAACCGACACAGAUAGAAGAGAAACCGGAAGUUUCCAUGGAGUUCACCAAAGGGUCUAUCUCCACCAUUGAAGAAGGACAAUCGCUACAGAGCUCUAUACGAUCUAAGAAACAUGGAAUUUUUUCUCGAUUGCUCCGGCAGCAUACAAAAUCUGAUUCUUCGGAUUUGAGCUUGAGUUCUGGCGACUUGGAAGCAGAGGAAGGUAUGGUAGCAGGAAGUGAUGACGAAGAGGAAGAGGGCGGUGAGGCUAGGCUUGCGCAAUCUGAGAACAUAGACGAGGACAACGAUUCUGACCAAUCUUACGCACAGAAUCCGGGGACAAUAGAGUCUAAUCUGGACUCUGAGUUAUCUGAUGAUUUGGAUUCGGACGAGUUUCUGAGUGACUUCGAAUAUGAGAAUGAAGGCAUUUCUUCACCUAUUUAUGAUUCGUUCUCAUACUCCAAAAAGAAGUCCCUUUCGCUGCGAAAGAAAGGAUCUGAAAGUCUCAAUAUACAAUCAAGAAAACACAAAUCCAGUUCGACCAUCAACGAACCCACACUCAUCCGGAAUUCGCGAUCUUUCACAAAUUUCGCAGCUGAGAUACCCAGUUUUGGAAAACAGACCGUUUCGAAGCCGGUAGUGAAGUCUAACCUGACUUCCCUAAUCACUGCGAAAACAGAGACGCCGUUGGAUUACUAUUUGCAUGUUAGUUCAGACUCUGGACUAGCCAUCAGAAUCUACCUCAAAGACGACACCUUCAAGGAGUCGGAACUAAACUUGAAGGUAAACCCUAACGCUUCUGUGGUUGAAGUGAUAGGAUACGCUUUAAGAACGAUCCAAACUCUAGAUGGCGCCAAAUAUUCAAUACUUUUCAACCCUAAUUUCUGGUCGUUAUACCUCUGGGAUGAAGACGAAGACUCCUACGACGAGUUUGGAAUCUUGAGUCGAAAAAGGACAAUUUCUUCGUAUGGAGCAGAUGAGUUCGCACUCGUGAAGUGCGAAAAUUAUAGAGACAACGAGAAGGAAACGCCUCUUCCGUUUGAGCUCGAAGAUGCUGAUGAUGAACCAAAGUUGGAUAUCGAUGAAGACUAUAGGAGACUGUUAGUGUCGAUUCCAGACAAAUCAGUUCCGUUCUCAGCGAUCACUCUCUCGAACAAGCAAUCAUCCACACUACACAGAAGAGACGCUGAAGACUUGAGGCAUGAAGAAAUCGAAUCGGACGACGGUAGUUUGAUUGAGGUCGACGAUGACAGUGAUGAGGACUUUAACAUGCAACCAAAGGCCAAAACUCAGGCUGCCCCCAGACAAAGAAGGCCUCAAUUGAGAGUCCAUACUGAUUUGAAAUCCACAUUGCAUGCAGACGCCAAAACUCCCACCACGGAAGUUUUAUCUACUGGUUACCAUAGGUGGGAUGUGAUCAGAAGACACCCGUUUAAGAACAGACAGGAGAGGUCUUUGGCCGUGGACGGAACUCAGAUCUACAUUUUGCCUUUCUCUGACAACAGGGGCUCUUGGUACGAGAAUGCUAAAACCUCCAGUUUUCACGUUUCGCAAAUCGUUAAGUGCAAGCGGUCAUCGAAGCACCCGUUACUAUUCAAGGUGGUGAUCUCCAAGAACGGUGGGUUGAAGAGAUACGAUCUUGAAGCUUCUUCUGCCGCUCAGUGCAAGGAUAUUGUGAACAAGAUCAGCAUGACAAUGCAGGCAUAUAAGGCUGGGUUGUCCAAUGGGGUUAAGAUGUACUGA